AUGUUGAGGAACCCUUUUGUGUUUGGAGACUGGCCUCAUUACAGAGGUACUUCACCCCUCACUGUAGUACCCACCACUGGUCAUGGAAGAGAACUAGAAGAAUCAAGGGGAAGGACAGACAUUUCAGCUGAAGAGGAGAGUUGUAAAAGUGAUGAUCCUUCAGAAAAUAAACGUACAAGGCUAGCAGAACCUUUGAAUGUUGAGAAGUGCCAAGAGAAGCUAAAAUCUUAUUAUGAAACCUUCAGUAAGGUGAAAAUCGUUCCAUGGGACGAAAGCUCUACCAUUCAGAUUGAUGAGAUCUACACACCUUUGAGUUGGGUCAGAGAUCACAGGCAGCCCAGCAGAGUGACACAAAAGGAACUUAAAGAUUACACCGACAUGUUCAAGGGAAAACCAACUCGAAUGCUUGUUUAUGGUCGGCCAGGAAUUGGCAAGAGUACGUUUUGUAAAAAAGCUGCGUAUGACUGGUCGAAAGCCUUAAAAGAAAUCCUAGAGAACUUUUUGGUUUUGAUUCUGAUUAAGUUGCGAGAUGUGUGUGACGUAGGAAACAUCCGUGAUAUUUUGCGUGCGUCUAAAUUGCUGGCCAGUGAUAGUCCGAUCUCAGUUGAUAGUCUCUAUGAUUACAUAGUUAAAAAUCAAGAUAAAGUGCUUCUGAUUUUGGAUGGCUACGAUGAGUACAGCUGUCCAAAAGAACACUCACCCAUCCUUAAAAUUUGGAAGGGUGAGCAGCUGAGAGAUUGUCAUGUUAUUGUCACCACGCGUCAACUUAAAUGUGACGAGUUAAGAGGCCCCAGCCACGUUCAGUUUGAGAUUCACGGUUUCAAAAGCUGGGAACAAAUCGAAACCUUUGCGAGAAAGUUUUUGGCAAGUGAGGAUGAUCUUGAAGAGUUCAUGUCCUACCUGAAAGAAAAGUAUCUCCUUGACAUGGCAAAAGUACCUCUCCUCCUUCUGAUGCUGUGUGUUUUGUGGAAAGGGAAACAUCACGAAGGACUGCCAAAAUCACGGGCAGACAUAUUCACACAAUUCAUUCAAACAAUGCUAGAUCACAAAGGUGAAAGUCACCAGUCUAUGCCAUUUCAGAAAGUGACCUCAACAGAAGCCAGGGAAGACCUGAGUAAUCUUGGAAAGGCUGCCUUUGAAGCACUUCUGCAAGACCGUCCUUACGUACGCUGCAUCAAACUCCCCGGCAAUAUUUUAAGAAGUUUUCAAAAAUUAAGUGCAGUUGGGCUUUUCCAGAUUCUCAAUCUUACGAGUCUCAAUCCUGAGAAAGGGGCCUAUUUCAUUCAUAAAUCCGUACAGGAGUUCCUUGCAGCCUGGCACAUUAAGGAUGAAGUGUUGUCGAAAGGAGAAAGUACGCCUAGCCUUUCCAAAGUUGAAUCAUUUGAAAAGAUCGUGAAGAUGAAUGAAGUUCUGAAAUUUGCCUGUGAGCUGUCAACAGAAGCCGCGUGCGCAAUUUUUCAUCAUGUGGGUUCUAUUGGAAGAAAGGAAUCUUUGUCGAAAUGUGAUUUCAUUGAGAAUGAAAAACUGUCUCAAGAUGAACAACUUUAUCUUCAGCUUAUCUCGCAUAGCUACAUUUGUUGUUCGGCCGAGAAGAGGCGAGAUCUCUGCUCAGCGGUUCCCUCUUACACUGGAGGUGUUUUGUCUCUUGAUUCUAACCAGCUGAACAUGACUGCAAAUGAACAUUUGCUGAAAUCUGCCGUGAUACCCGACUUUAUCUUUUUUCCUACCUACGAAGAGUAUUCAGAGAAAAGCUUUCAAGACUUGAUCACUGUAGCGGAGGACACAAAUGCUGUUUUUUUAAGCUGUUCGGGCGAAAAGAAAGCUGCAGAUUUACUGAAGAAGUUCCCGCGUCCUUUGGAAGAGUUCGUUUUGAAGAGAGAGAGAAAAGUCAUCGUUUAUGUUGAUGAAAUAUGGAAAGAAGAAGAUGUUGGUACUUUUCCGACUGAAAUGCUGCGAGAGCUCAUUUCGCCAACAGCAGAGUCUACUGAGGUGAAGCGUGUUGGUGACCCGUUAAAUGAUCACGACAGCGAAACAACUUCGUGUUUGACUAAGAACACUGAUAGCAUCACUGGUCCGACUCCUCAGAGCCUUUCCUGUGUAAAGAAGAUUGAUAUAAACGAGAUAGAAAGGAAAGAGAUGAAGAUGGUGGCUAAUCUCUUACCACUUUUCACUGCUCUGCGAUGUAUAGUUAUUACUUGGAAACCCUUUGAAAUCAUUGAUGCUCAGUUGACAGAGACCCUUGUGUCUCGUAUCAUCUUCACUGACAAACUUCACACAUUAGAACUUUUUAAUAUCAAUUUAACAGCCAAACCUGCCGCAACCAUCGCCAGAUCUCUGCACCAGGCUCCUAGCCUGCGCAUUCUCAACUUGUCAGCGAACCCUCUUGGUGAAGGACUAAGUGUUCUCACUCGACAUCUCAGCUGCGUUCCUCACCUGGAGACGCUGUGCCUUGUUAAUGUUAAAAUGACACAGCAACAAGUGAAUGAUUUGAGUGCAGCUGUACGUCAGAGAAACCUCUCCUUUUUCAAGACAGAAUACCACGAUGAUGAAAGGAAUGUCAAACCUGAAGAAGAAUGGCCAACAGAUGAAUACUGGAGAGAGUUUUGGAGCGAAUAUCGUGGAUCAAAAGACGAGCCAGAUCCUGGGUCAGUUACUGACUCAGGUGAUGAGGAGGAUCCUGGGUCAGUUACUGACUCAAGUGACGAGGGGGAUCCUGGGUUAGUUACUGACUCAGGUGAUGAGGAGGAUCCUGGGUCAGUUUCUGACUCAAGUGACGAGGAGGAUCCUGGGUCAGUUUCUGACUCAAGUGACGAGGAGGAUCCUGGGUCAGUUACUGACUCAGGUGAUGAGAAAGAUCCUGGGUCAACUACCAACUCAGGUGUCGAGGAGGAUCCUGGGUCAGUUACUGACUCAGGUGACGAGGAGGAGCCUGGGUCCUGCUGGGAAACGUUACUGACUAGGACUGACUCAGUACACCGCCUGAAACUAAGGAAACUCACCAUUGGUCAGAACUGUCUGGCCAGACCAGUCCAUCCAUUAGUAGAAUAA